UGUCGCGAGACCACAGGGGGAAGAUGGCGGCCAGCUGUUGUGGAGUGAAGAAACAGAAGUUGAACAAUUCACUUCCCUCCAUUUGUUGCAAUGGCUCCGCCGUCUACCCGAACUACCACAAAAAUGGAUACACAGUUGCUAGUCCAGAAAUGUGUUACUUCUGUUUUGAUGUACUUCAUAGUCAUUUGUACAGUUAUGAACAACCGAAAGCUCCCCUUUUCACCAACGAUUCAUACCCUUUGUUUGUGACGUGGAAGAUAGGGCGCGAGCGGCGUCUGCGAGGGUGUAUCGGCACCUUCUCCGCCACCAGCCUCCAUGGAGGUCUCAGGGAAUAUGCUGUCACUAGUGCCAUGAAAGAUAGCCGAUUUCAGCCAAUCCAGAAGGAGGAUUUCCCCAAACUCCACUGCUCCGUGUCAAUACUUACCCACUUCGAGGACGCUGCUGACUACCUAGACUGGGAGGUGGGCGUACACGGCAUCAGAAUCGAGUUCAUCAAUGAAAAGGGGAACAAGAAAACUGCCACCUACUUACCAGAGGUGGCUGUAGAACAAGGCUGGGACCGAAUUCAAACCAUUGACUCUCUUCUUCACAAAGGCGGUUUCAAGGGUCCAGUGAAUGCAGAAAUUCGGAAAAGUAUACGACUGAUCCGAUAUCGUAGUGAAAAAAUUACUGUUAGUUAUAGUGACUAUGUGGCACAAAAGCAGAACGGCCAUGCAUGAUGAAGCAGCAGUACAGUCUACAGUGGCGGCCAUUUUGUACGUUCACCAAAAGGCAGGCUUACAAACUACAAUCUUGUCAUCUUGUUAUCGCUGAGCAGACGUUUUCUCAGUCGGAACAACUUAUUUGCAGAAUGUGAUAAAUGGCGAUAAUUACACCCAUGUGUGUAUUGGUGGGAAUGUAGAGAAUUAAUCUUGGAAAAUUAUUGUUUGCAAUAUGUGCUCAACUGUAUGUUUGACACAUUAGAAUUAGAAAAUUAGAUUGGAUUAGAUAAAGUUGUUUGGGUUAGAUUCAGGGCUCGAUUAGAAGAACUCGAUUCAGGUUGACAUGAAAAAUUAGUUGCGCCAGGCAAAACCAGGUUGCAAUCUGGCCCCAUAAAUUGAUCGAAGUAAGAACACAUAUGCAUAAACUUGAAUAAAUACGUAAAAUCUGAGACCUCUGGUAACUGUGUCAUGUCACGGAGAUUAGUGAUGUAGUAUGGUAAAUACAGCUUAGAGGUAUUAAGUGUGUUCAAAGAACCAUGUCAUAUGGGAAAUUAGAUGUCAGACAAGUAGCUAAAUAUUUUUUCAUGAUUUUUAUGUGAUAAUUUUCAUUUUUCAAUGAUAGGUUCCAUCGGUGCAUGUUUUAUAUAGUUACAUCGAGCCCUGAGAUUGUUUGGGAAAAAUAUCAAAAGUAUCUGAUGUUUUGAACUUCAAGGGGCAUUAUUCCUUUAUGAGGAGUUUGGCAUUACAAGAAUGCCAAUUAAGUUUGAAUACAUAUUGCAAAUCUUUUCUAAAAGUAUCUGCAAAUGGUAAUGAAUCUCAUUUUUAUGUACUUUUUCUCUAAUUAUCUGUAAGGGUAAUAUUCUUUUGGUUUCAUAAGAACACAUGAGGUCAGUUUUUUUAGAUUUGAAUUACAAUCCUAUGCGAAUGCUAUUAAUUGAUGUGUCAUUCAAGGCAUUGAGAAAGUACUUUGUGGUCUUACUGUAAUUUAAAUAUAACCGUUUAUUUAUGAUAAACGGAAUCAGCUCCUAUUGAAGGAUUUUUGGAACUUACGGUGUAACCCAAAAUUGACUACUGAUGUUGAAAUUUUAAAAAUGCUUUUGAAAAAAAUAAAUGCAAUCGGAACUCCUCAUUUUGUACUUUUUGAAGAUAUUUGUUGAACGAUGUGUUUUUUAUGAGUUAAGUUUGAAACCAACAUAAUAUUACUAGAUUUUGCCUUCAGUUUAGCAGAUAACUAACAAAGUGGUUCUCAUAUGGGAGUACUGAGGUAUUUCUAAUACUGCCUGAUACUGACAAACCGCGCUAUGUUAGGGCAGUGGGAAUUAAUUAUAAGAUCACUAUCCAUAUUUAACUUGAAAAUUGAGGAAAACAUAUUUAAUUAAAUUUGCUUCAUUAGUCAUUUUCUAAUUUUCAGAACACAUUUACUCGAAAUUGAGUUUAAUAAUGAUAAAAAUUAUAAUGAUAAAUCUAUUAAUGAUGCAUUAGAUUCCAUUCACCAAGUGAAUGUUCAUGGUGCUACAACAUUGGAUCAGUGUUCACUCCAAUAUAAUUCUCAGCUUCCUAGGGAGUAUACAUAUCAAGCUGUUGAAACAGCACGCAUCUAAAAUGAUGGAUGAUAAUCUGAUAAUUCAUGACACUGCCCUAAUCCCCCCUGUAUUAGCUCCCACCAUACUGUCUCUACAGGGACCAUUGUUGAUCAAACUAUGCAACACCAGGAGGUUAAGCCUGCCAAAUAGUAUCUCAUGUAAUCAUUGACACCAAAGAAACACUAUCAAGAUAUUUAUUUUGUAAGAAUAACUGAACUCUUUGUUGUCAUAUUCAUAAGUGUAAAUGAUCCCUCUUCUAUUGGUUAUAAUUGUUGGGUAAAUGAGCUGAUUUGUUGCUGUCAACAACACAUUGCAGUGAAUGAUGUUUGUUUCAAUGGCUGCCAUUUUGUAUCCAUGGCAACCAUCACCCGAUGUUAACUUGGCUGUGAUUGGUUAGAUGGGACUUCUUGAUAUCUGAACAAAACCAAACCAUCAUAAUGUGAUAUUGUAUUAAACCAAGUAUUUACUGUUUUCAAGAAGACUGGAUAUGGUCACACUAGUUUUAAUUUUAAAAAAAAGAUGUGAAGUUUAUUUCAGUAAGAACUAUGAGGAAUUUAUGUUUUCAAAUAUUUAAAAUACAUUUCUGUUUUGUGUUUGAAAGGCUAUAAAGCUGCUAUGUUUGAAGUUAAAAAGUACCAAAAAUAUUUAAUUUAGAAAUAUGUUGCUGUAAACAGUAAAAUUAGGAAAUGAAAACAAAAUACUUUAAUGGCCCAUUCUACCACACGUGAGACUGUGUUAUCACUCUCACAAAUGGAAUCUGAUUGGUUGCAUACCAAGCUAUGGUGGAUGUGUUUGCCCCUCCCCUAGCCCCGCCCACAUUCUAAGCCACACCCAUUGCUGCCACUGUAGCUGUACUUCGACUCUAGAUCAAGCCGUCAUUGCAUUUCAACUCUUCAUCAACAUGUUUCCGAGUCAGGAAUAUUUUUUCUCAGUUUUACUAUUCAUACUUUUUUGACUGUUUGUCAUGUUCUAUGAUAUUGUUUUUUUUGUAAAAAUAUCCAAUAAACUGGUAUGUAGGUGUGUGGUAAGGUGUGAUUGUUUAUAUUCAUGUAGUGGACUUGCUGGUAGUAUGUAGUCAAAUGGAUAUUAUACUUGUCUCUCAGGCCUCACAAAAAUGAACAGAUUUCAGAUUGCUUUUUAAAUGUAAUAAAAUAUUUACAAGAAUUGAACCUGUUUUUAAUUAUGAUAAAAACUGACAAGCCUUGUCAGAAGAAUUACUUUUAUAAUUUUACAAAAUACAUUUUGUUUGGCCUUUGACUAUUUACGAUGUAUACUUCUUAAUAUAUAUGUGAAUGUGAGAGUUUCACUAUUGUCAAUCAGAUAUUUGAAAAGGACACUUUUUCUUUUGUAUUGAUUUUGGAAGUUUUUAUUUGGGUGCAUUUUGAGCCUGAGGAAUUUGCGUGAAUAAAAAUAUAUUUACAGUUGUGAAAAAUUGACUUUGGACUUUUUUUCAGGAAAGUUGAUUUCCAAAACUGAAUACAUAGAACAGCAUAUCUGUAUUGAGAAGUUUGAGAAAACAAACAAAUGAAAGCAUUCAAAGCAUGUAAAGGGGAAAAGUAAACAAAUAAUUGUGAAAUUUCAUGUACUUUACUUACAGUACCCCCAAAUUAGGAAAUAUGAAGGUUUUAAAGGGUGUUAUUCUUAUAUUUGUUUUAUUUAUUGAAUGAAUAAAAUGUUAAAUGCCUCAGAUCAGAAAACAUUGCUAAGCAUCUGUCAAAUCCAAAGAAUGGUUUUGACCAAAUUUGACCCAGAGAUAUAUUGACAAUUUAAUAAAUGUGUAGUAAAACCACAUUUUUUCUCUUUCAAAUUAGCUAUUCGCAUUUUUAAGCCAUGAAAAGAAUUCAGAUCAAGUAUAAGAAACCCAUGCAAGCCUUUGAUUAAAUUGGAAAAAAUGAAGUUUUUGAUGAAUACAUUUUCCACAUUGAUUCUGAUAAACUUUAUGGGGUAUGUGUUAUUGAUCAAAAUUUGUCACUAUCAACCUGUGUUAUAGUUGGGAAUAUGUAGGUUAUGGGAAAAAUGCCAAUUAACAUUGAACAAUAAGUGGAAAGCAAAUCUAUCCUCCUUGGUAGGCCAGUCUUCUGUGGUCUUUCACGGAUGUCACAUAUAGCUUUACCUGUCACAGAUAUGACUGUUUCUCUGUAUUGUGAAAGAAAUCACUCAGAAAGCUUCUGUCUCUAUUUUUCUGUUAUGCACUCAAAUUAAGGCAGCACUUUUCAAGAAUUUGGUUGGCAGGAAUUGAAAUGUAUUGUGUGUGUCAACAUUUACUGGUACUAUUUGUGAACAAUUGCCGAUUGUCUCGCUAUUGUUUGGUUGAUCUCAGAGUCAGUAGAGGAUCAUCAGUCAUUGUGCUAAAUUUCAGACUGCCAUAUCAUGGUGAUCAAAUUUGAUAUAUCCAUCAUCAGACACAUUGAAAAUGGAAAUAUGAAGAAUUCAUUUAGAAGGACCAACAUAAAGUUCUUUCUGGAAUUAAGACAAACAAAAUUAAAUCCUAUUUGGCCAGAAAUCUGCUCUGGUCAUUUAUUGAUUUCCAUAUUCCAAGUCUUUCUAAUUAUUUCAUAAAUAAGUUUGCAAAUAUUCAUUUAACUUAUUGAACAAUAGUUUCAGUAAACAUUGAAGAAAUGGAUAUAAUUUUCUACAUACCGAUUCUUGGCACUUGUAUUUUCGGAAAUUCUGGAAUCAGUUCUAAGCUUUACAAACUGUCUCUAUUAUUAUGAUUUGUUGUGUUCAUAUUCGAGACAAUAUUUCACGAUCAUUGUUUUCCACAAGCAGACUGUGUAUGCUUUAUCGCUUUUAUGUGGCUGUCCAUUUGAUGCAAGAACCAGAUAAUUUCGAUACUUUGGUCAUUAUUUUGUAUUUACAAACAACUCAAGAAACUUGUUAUUAUCUGAGUGGUAGACCCAAAAGUCAGAGGUUCAUGAUUUGGAUGUUCCAAAUGUUCAUGAAAACCAUGUUUACAUGGUGCUGAUAUUAUUGGCAUUUCAUACAUACUUCAAUUUUUUGUAAGUUCUGAAAGGUUUAUUUCAGACAUAUUUAUCAGAAAAUACAUUACUAUCCAGACACAUUUCAAUCAAUAUUUAAAAAUACACAUUUGACUUUCUAGACUUUACGUAAACAUGUAUACGUUGCCCAACCAUACUCUAAAGUAAAACCAGAUCGCUUGGCUCUGUUGUCUUAAGUCGCUGACAAUUUUGUGAACUGAAUCGUAGUGGGUUUGAAUCCUGAAUGAUUCCAGUUAUGUAAAGGGUCUCUAUUAGAAAAAGACUUAUUUAUUUGUAAUUACAUGUAAAACUUAUUAGUAUUAUUAUUAGCUCAGUUUCUCUGACAAACCUCUGUUGCCACUUCAGACGACGUGUGGGUACAAAGCCAAGAUUCAAAAUAAGUAUGAUUCUUAGAUUUGUCAUCAACAUUCUGUACAGGCUGGAUUCACCAAAGAGAUCUAAGAUAUUUUAAUGUUUUAAAUGUCCUUUUAACAUGAAGAAUAUUUUUCCUUGGCUGAGCCUGGAUCCACAAAUCUUGGGUUCAAAUCCACCCUGGUCUAUCAACAACCUGUAUGCCUUUCUUUCGCCAAAGUGGUAAAGGCCCAAAACAUGCAUUCAGGCUUUCUUCACACAUCAAGUUGACACUCUGUGAUAUAACUGAAAUAUUUUAAAAUUGUUUUGCCCCAAAACAUGCUUGCCCUAAAGUGUUUUUUGCAGUUUCUCCAACCCAACAGGUCACAAUAUGGCUGAAAUAUUGCCGAUGUGACUUAAAAUCUUAACUCACUCACUCCAACCCAACAGAGUUGAAGAAUAUCAAAGAUUAUUUGUAGAAUAUCUAUUUUAUUCGGUUUUCAAAACCCCCAAAUUCAGUUAUCAACAUUUUUUUACCAAAAAAUGAACCUGAAAUUCUGCACUGUAAAAAUAUUCAAGUCCUAUCUAGAACAUUACUGCAUCAAUGGAUGGGUUUAGUUUUAGCAGCAUCUGGUCUCGUUUGCUGGCACUACAAAGGGAGAUAACUCGCACAUUCUCACUAUGCACACUGUUGAAUCACUAGUCAUGCUCAUAUUUCAUGUAGUUGUUAACAAAAAUAUCACCUUGUUUUGUGCCUUGAUCCAACAUCCAUCAAGUAUAUGUAUCAGGAGUUGUGAUUGGCUGUAAAUUUCUAUCUAUCGUCUGAUUGGUUCCUUCACCUCAUUAACCAUUCAAUGGCCAUACAUACAAUCAACAAGUUGUGACCAAGAACAUCUUCCUUCGUGAUGGCAACAAACCUACAACUGUUUAUGAACGAUUCACGUAACAACUAAGAUCAACAACAUAUGUAAAUAUUGCAAAUAGUUUAAUAACUGAUCAUUAAUUUUAGAAAUUGUUUCCUGUUAUUGAACAAAUAUUUUGUCAUAAAUAUAUAAUGCUGUUUUUCAUCCUGUCUCAACGAAGAGCUGAUAAGUAAGUAAAAGAAGAACUAAUUGUUUUGCAUGACAAAUUAGCUGUAGUGAUGUGCUUGAAUCAGGUGUUCUCUUUACAUUUGCAUGUUAAAAAAUAAAUUAUGUAAACAAUAAUUGAAACAUUAAUAUUUGUUUGACCUCAUUACAAUGUCAACAAGAGUCACACCAAUAUUAAAUACUUUGGGACAAAGUUUAGGUUUAUUUAAUCAUGGUCAGACUUUCUGCAGAUUUAAAUAUUUGUAAUUAUGAAAAAUGUACUUGCUUAUGGUUUUGUUUGGGUUUAUUAACUUCAUUUUCGACUAUUUUGAAGAGACAAGGAAACAGGAUGUAUUUAUUUCCAUUUAUAUCAGAGUAAUGUGGGACAGAAGCUGCACAACUGGAUUUACUGGGUAUAAUAUCCUUUCACAAGUAGGAUGUGCAGCAACCGACUAUUUUCUGGAACAAAAUAUUUACUUUAAUAUGCGUCAACCAUUUCUCUAGAAUAUAUAAUGCUUGGUUCCUUACAAUGUUAAAAUCCAGAUUGUUGACGUUUUAUGAUGUAGAUUAAUCUGCCAGUUAUUGGCCAGGCUAAUCACUGAGAGACAGCAUCUGAGUUUUACAUGUCGUUACGUACACCUCGAUUGAGACUUGAAAAUGGCAGCAGACUGUGGAGUGGCAUCUUCACUAAUCCAGGGUAUGAUAUUUCCUUUCUGUUAUAAAUACCCUGGGCCUCACCAUAGCAUUGUUUUGAGCUGAUUGCUUGACUACUCAAUCAAAUAACUAAUGAUAUCUCAGUGAGGCAUUAUCGAAGUGUUGACGUCACUUCCGAAAUGAAACUAUGGUGGAUAAUGAGUCCUGGGUUUUUAUUUAACGGAGACUAAUACCCUUGUUUAUUGAGGAUGGUUUGGGAACUGUGCCCAUGAAGUGUUGAUUGACCAUAUUUAUCAUUGUUGUCUGUCACAAGGACAUCCCUCAUGAACGGGUGAUAUUUGAGUAUAAGUGUGACUUAGAGUUCAUUGCAUGUUGCCUGUGUCUUGUGUAAUGACAGUCACAUGAUGUGUUGUGAACAACAGAUCUUUAGCUUCACCAGUGUUAUGUGGACAAGUUAGUCUGUCAUGUUGACACAGAGUCAUGUUUAUAGCCGAUUGUCAGAUUUCAUCAUACCAUCCUUGGCAAUCCAGGGCAUGUGGUUAUGGUUAUACACCCUGGACUUAGGUUGCAAUGUCUUGCAUGUUAGCUGUUUGAACAAUAAUGUGCAACAUUAUCUAGGGUAUUAUCUUGGGUAAUUUGAAAACAUGAUUAUAAGGUUGUUUUGAGAGGAGUUGCAACAUUUGUAGAUAUUAUUAUGGCAUAUAAAGGUACAAUUCCUUAUUUAUCGUCAAAGGGACAUGAGGAGCCCUGAGUGCCAUAACUCCUGAUACAGAGUAGCGUCCCCUGUCCAUGGCAGGAUACUAUGAUCAUAGUUAUGUGUUCAGAUUCAGACAGAAUGUGAUCCUUUAUUUUGUCCUCCACCUCCCCUGUCUCCUAGAAGUGGUUGACAUCCACGGUGUGAAUUGCUGAAUUACCUGCCAACUUCUAAAUUCCCAUCGAGCAUCUGAACUGAAUUACAGUUCACACCAGGCUUGAACCCAACUCACUCGCCGAGAGCCGUGGAACAAAAAUGUCAUGAUUCAAGCCCAAGAGGGUCUUUAGGCUGUUCCUGUUUGUCUGUUUGAGUGUCAGGAUUACUUAGUAGAAGUUGCUCCUUGACUCCAACUGAGAUAUUUGUACUUACCAAAGCCAGUUUGUGUCAGGAUAUUUUAAACUUAAACCGUAUGCUUUGGAUUGCCAUCAAUACUCAUCAUGUCACCAGAUAUUCUGUUUUUGCCACCAUGUGUUUCUCCAAGUUAACCAGUUUGAUCUGACCUUCAGGUAAAUGAUUCAGUCACUGAGGAAACUAACGUACCAUUUCUGAGAUAGCAAAGAAACCGAGCCAACAGGAUUGAGCUGUGUGUUCUGUGGGUUUGUCUAUAUUAUAUGAAUGUUCAUAUAUUUUCUAAUGGUGUUCUGUGUAUUAAUAGACAUAAAGGAAAAAACAUGAAUAGUAAGUUUAGUUGACUUGAUAUUUUAGAAAAUAUUAAACAUUGAUAUUGUAACCAUGGUAACUAAAGUGUGUUUGAAUUAAGUUUAUCAAUUGGGACAUAUUUACUGUUGACUGAAUUGUUUCUAUGAAACAAAUGGUACAGCUCUUAUUCCCAUUGUACACAGACUUUGGUUUAUCACUGAUAUGAUCAUCAUAUUCGGCUUGUACUAAUUAGUACAACAUAAAUAACAGAAUUAAUAAAAUAACAUUAAGUUUCCCAGAAAAUAUUCUUUGAUAAUAAACAGGAGAGAAAAAAUGAGCAUUGAUAAAGAAUGUGAUUAUAUUUUAUAAUCCAAAUAGCUGAAACAAUGAUUAUUGUCUCAUAUCUUUCUCAUGCGCUUAAAUUUUAACAAUCCCUACUAAUUCAACAUUUUAUCAAGUCAAAGUUUUACACAUGAAUUUUAGUAUGAUUUUACAGAACAGGUUGAUGUUAUGAAUACAGAAACUAAUACUGACAGGUUAAUGGACUAUCCUAUCAAUAGUUUUAGGAAACCUUUCACCAUGCUAGUUUCUAUGACAACCAUUGUCAUAGCAACAGUCCAUGUAUCACUGCACUUUCAUGGCUAGAAGAAGAAUGUUGUGUUUUAUUGUAACAUUUCUAGUGAGGCAAUAAAGGGAAUGACUGGAACAUA